AUGGCUAGAGGGAUCUGGCCAGCAGAAAAUCUCAUCUCUCUUCUUUAUGAGUUACUUCCUGAGAAUGACUUGGUUGAGCUUGUGUGGGAAAAUGGUCAGAUUAUGUUGCAAGGUCAGAAGGGCGAGUCUUGGAGCAACGAGUCUGAUAAUAUAUUCAGAGAUUGUUCGAGUAAUAGUGACAACACCCCUGGUCAGUUUACAGGUGCAAGGGCAGCAACAGAUACAGCUGAUAGUGAGAGAAACGCUGAACAUGGGGUUGUUUGCUCAUCUAUAUGCUCUGGUAGCAGUGCAGAGAGAGGAUCAAGUGAUCAGCCUAAUCUAAAGAGCAAAAUCCGAGAUACUGAGGAUUCGGAGUGUCCAAGUGAAGAUGCUGAAAGAAUCUGUUGGUAUCAAAAAACCUUGCCCUACUCGAGGAGGUACAGGUUCAAAGAGAAGCCGAGCUGCAGGAUGCAUAAUUUGUCUGAGCGGAGCCGAAGGAAUAGGAUUAACGAAAAGAUGUGCGCAUUACAGGAACUAAUACCCAACUGCAACAGUUACUUUGAAACUGACACGGCGGAUAAAGCUUUAAUGCUUGAUGAAGCUAUUGAAUAUUUGAAGACACUUCAACUGCAAGUACAGAUACUAUCUAUGGAAGCAGGGUUUGUGUCCCGCCAAUGA